AUGUGCGGCAUCGUCGCGAUCCUGCGUUCUCUGCUGCCCGAGGCCGAGCUCCGGCAAGCCGCUCUGACAGCGGGAAAGAAGAUCCAGCACCGCGGUCCAGAUUGGAACGGCGUGCGUGUGUUUGCUGAUCGUGGCGUCGCGCUCGAGCACGAGCGUCUGGCGAUUAUCGAUCCCGAAUCGGGCGCCCAGCCGCUUGUAAGCAACGACGAGCAGCGCAACAUCACGUGCUGCGUGAAUGGCGAGAUCUACAACUACCGCGAGCUCGCUCAAAGCCUCCAAGUGCCCUAUUCGUUCCGGACCAAGUCGGACUGUGAGAUCCUCAUUGCGCUCUAUCUCGAACAAGGCGUCUCGUUUGUCUCGCAGUUGCGAGGCAUGUUUAGCUUUGUGCUUUAUGACUACAAGAAGGACUUUUUCCUGGCGGUGCGAGACCAUAUGGGCAUUACGCCGUUGUAUUACGGCUACGGAGCCGAUGGGAGUGUCUGGUUUGCGUCUGAGAUGAAAGCUCUGGAGGACGAGUGUGUGCGCUUUGAGGUCUUUCCACCAGGUCAUCUAUUUACAAGCGAUACGGAAACGUGCACUCGGUGGUAUAAACCCAACUGGUACGAUGCUGGCCACGUUGGUACGACGCCACUGGAUCUGAAAGUGCUGCGGGACGCGUUUGAAGCGUCAGUCAAACGCCGUAUGAUGUCGGAUGUGCCUUGGGGCGUGCUGCUAUCAGGUGGAUUAGAUUCAUCCCUUGUAGCGUCUAUUGCUGUGCGAGAGAAGCAGAAACGCGUGGCACAAGGUGGCGAGUGGAUCAACAAGAUCCACUCGUUUACAAUCGGUCUCGAGAAUUCUCCUGAUCUGAAAGCCGCCAAGGAGGUGGCCGACUUUCUUGGCACAAUCCACCACUCGUACACUUACACGAUUCAAGAAGGACUUGAUGCUGUGUCCGAGGUCAUUAAGCACUUGGAGACAUACGACGUGACCACGAUCCGAGCGUCCACGCCCAUGUUCCUCAUGUCACGCAAGAUCAAAGCUAUGGGUAUCAAGAUGGUCUUGUCGGGUGAAGGUGCCGACGAGAUUUUUGGUGGAUACCUGUACUUCCACAAGGCCCCGAAUGCUGAAGCUUUUCACAAGGAGACGGUGGCUAAAUUGUUGUCGUUGCACCAGUACGACUGUCUUCGUGCCAACAAGUCCACGAGUGCGUGGGGACUCGAGGCCCGCGUACCGUUCCUGGACGUGGACUUCCUUGAUAUUGCCAUGAACAUUGACUCCCGAGAGAAGAUGAUUGACGCCAAAGCCAACAAGUUUGAAAAGUACAUUAUCCGCAAGGCUUUCGACGACAAGGAACACCCGUAUUUGCCCGAGCACAUCCUGUGGCGUCAGAAAGAGCAGUUCUCGGAUGGUGUCGGCUAUGGAUGGAUCGAUUCGCUCAAGGACUUGGCCGAGCAGAAAGUCACGGAGCGCCAGAUGAAACACGCCGAGCGCCUUUUCCCGUACAAUACGCCGCAGUCCAAGGAGGCCUAUUUUUACCGCAGUAUCUUCCAGCACCACUUCCAUCGCGAGGUGGCUGCCCAGACGGUGCCCGGUGGACCCAGUAUUGCCUGUAGCACCCCGGCGGCUAUCGAAUGGGACGCUGCAUUUAAAAAUGCGGCUGACCCGUCUGGUCGGGCCAUUGCCGGCGUCCACGUGGAUGCCUACACCGGGUAA